AGCUAUUACGUAAUGUAAUUUCUAAAAUUCUAAAUCUAAGUACAUAUAAAUAUAUCUUAAUUCUAAUAAAUAUUAGCAAAUUUUUAUUUUUAUAUUUUUGUGGUUUGUUUGUUGUAAUGAAACUUUCAGCAGAAAUACAGCUGGGCGUGAAACGAUUAUGUAAUCCAAAAUUGGUAAACGAUGAUUGUUUCCGAGCCAUAUUACAAAAAGCAGAGCGGUCGCUAAAUACAUUGAUGGAUACAACGCUCAAGCAGACAACAGAAAAUGACGAACUCAAAUCGCUUACGUCGAGGCAAGAUAUCAUCAAAGAAGCCUACGCUUCUUUAGUAACUUUGUAUACAAUAGCAUGUCAACACAACUUGGAUGCGGCGUCAUUGAGCCAAUACAUUCAAACUUUAUUGUUAGCCGAAACUGAGCGUUUGACACAAAUAGUUAACAACUACGAAACAGUUCGACCUGGUCUCGUACAGAUUUGUAUGACCACAAACACAUCACUGGCCAAUGUGGUCGACGUCGAAUGCCAACUCGAAUAUUGUGUCCAAUCUAGUGUCUUUGAUGAUGUAUCAGAAUUUCUAUAUAAAGUGCGAUUGAAGACAAUAGACAAUGGCAAAACGGACUACGUUAAUUUUGUAUGCAAUCCACAACAACUACAAGAACUAGUUAAUAAAUUAAAAGAUGCCGUUAGACAUUUGGAUAAAAUCGUUUCGGCUGCCUAAAAAUAUAAAAUAUUUAUCAACAAUUUGUGUUCCCGUUAAACAACUGUUCUUCCCUACAAAUAUAAUAUAAUAUACUAAUUUUUACAGUCUUACAA